CCUCAGCGUCCUUAAAAAAGCAUCAUCUACAGCCUGAAGGAGACUUUCACGGUCCGUCACAGUCCACACUCAGAACACAGGAGCAUGACACUGCGGCUUUGCUCUGCCUGGAUUUUUGUCCUCCUCCUACCUGGCCUCUCAGAUGGAGGGAAACUGUUGGUGGUGCCCAUGGUUGGAAGCCACUGGCUUAGCAUGCAGCAUGUAGUUGAGAAGCUUGCUGAGAGAGGACAUGAAGUGGUGGUGCUUAUGCCAGAAGUAAGCUGGCAGAUGAAAGCAACACAGGCAUACACGGUGAAAAGUUACCCAGUGACUCACACACUAGAAGAACUGGAUAAUAGCUUUCGUGAAUUUGUUGCCACUCACCUGAAGGACUUACCUUUCCCACUGAACACUCUGGCAAUGUUCAACAGCUCAUGGAAUGCUUUCCAUAUUUUCUUUACUCAGUGCCAGGAUCUAUUCAACAACAAAGAGAUACUGCAGCACCUGAAUCAAAGUGGCUUUGAUGCUGUCCUAACAGACCCCAUUCUUCUGUGUGGAGCAACACUUGCUAAUUAUUUUUCUCUUCCAUUUGUGUUCUUCAUGAGAGGAUUUCCUUGCAGCUUACACUAUGAAGCACCACAGUGUCCAAAUCCUCUGUCCUAUGUCCCAAGACUAUUUACCUUCAACUCAGACCACAUGACCUUUUUCCAGAGAGUAGAGAAUGCACUCGUUUCCCUCCUGGAGCUUGUGUACUGUAACAUUUACUACAGUGAUGCAUUAAAGCUUUCAUCUGAAGUUCUGCAGAAAGAUGUAUCCCUGGUAGAUCUUGUGAGCUCUGCUUCCAUUUGGCUUCUGAGAUUUGACUUUGUGUUUGAAUAUGUCAGACCAGUGAUGCCCAAUAUGGUCUUCAUUGGAGGUAUAAACUGUGCUCAGAAGAAACCACUACCUAAGGAAUUUGAAGCUAUUGUGAAUGCAUCUGGAGAACAUGGCAUUGUUGUCUUCUCGCUGGGCUCCAUGGUCUCUGAGAUUCCUAUGAAGAAAGCCAGAGAAAUCGCAGAUGCCCUUGGAUCAAUCCCUCAAACGGUUUUGUGGCGAUACACGGGAGAGGUGCCCCCUAACCUGCCGAACAACGUAAAGCUUCUCAAAUGGCUGCCACAGAACGAUCUUCUAGCUCACCCUAAGACUCGUGCCUUUAUUACCCAUGGAGGCUCACACGGUGUCUACGAGGGCAUAUGCAAUGCAGUGCCCAUGGUACUAAUGCCUUUGUUUGGAGACCAAAUGGACAAUGCCAAGCGAGUGGAGUCACGGGGAGCAGGACUGACACUGAAUAUACUUGAAAUGACGUCGAACGACAUAUCCACUGCCCUGAAAGCAGUUAUUAAUGAUAAAAAGUACAAAGAGAAUAUCAAGCGUCUCUCAGAUCUUCACCUUGACAGACCCAUCCACCCCCUGGACCUGGCUGUGCACUGGGUGGAAUUUGUAAUGAGACACAAAGGGGCCCCACACCUGCGACCUGCUGCCCACGACCUGAACUGGUUCCAAUACCACUCCCUGGAUGUCAUUGCCUUUCUCCUCACCGUGGUCUUCCUCUCUCUCUUCAUUUCUCUGAAGUGCUGCCUGUUCUGCUGCCGCAGGUGCUGCUCUAAGAAGGGAAGAACAAGAAAGUCGGCGAAAUCAAAGUCUCAGUAACAGAUGAAAGCAGUGGUAGGGAGACCAGGCCUCUGCUCCAGACCAGAAGGAUUAGAGAACAUCUCAAAUUUCACUAAGAUAAUUGCUGAGUUUCAGUUAAGAAAUAAUUAGCAUUCUUUAAACUAGCACAUGGAAGGGGUUGUUUCACUGGUAAAAUUUUUGCUUUAAUUAAGAAUCACGUUGUAAAUACUGUGAUAGGUGUGCUUCAGUCACUUGGGAAGAUCGUAGCAUAAAGUCCAAAGCUCCUUGCUUUCAUACUGUGGUGUACAGGGGACUCUUGGUGCCUCUUUUUUUCCCCACCUCUAUAUGCACUGGAAAUAGACGGGGAUUUCACAAGACACUACUUCAAAGGCUUUACGACAACCAUUUGUUCCAGGGUAAGGCUGCCAGCUUCAUCCAGCACUUUGAAAUCUUUGUAUAACUGCUGUUAGAGAAGAGGCAAAUGUUAUAUGCUGGCAACACGUGUCACAUAAGCCAAGCUAGGCACGCAUCUUGAAUGUGGUUUGUGUGUUUUGCAAUGCCCCGAACAAAAUGAAGGUUUCAGCAGUGAAGAGUUUGUAAAGCCACUGAUAUUUCACCCAAGUUCCCCAGGAGGCAGAGUGCUGCAUCUGCAACUUAAGUGUUAAGUGAUGAGCCCUUUGUAAGCAAUGCUUAUAAACCCCAACUGAUUUAGUCUUUGUAAGUGAUGUUCAGGUAAAGACCCAACCCCUAGCCCUAUAAAUAAAUUCCUCAUAUUAACAA